AGCAAACGGUCUAAGCGCGGGGAAGGUAGCACAAAGCUCAGCCCCCGGGUCCCGCCGAGCUAGUCCCAAGUUAGAGUGAUAGCCAGAAACGCCAAUCAGGUUCCACUGCGGGAGCCAAUCAGUUCCUUAGGCGCAAAGCCGGGGCGGAAGUCCAGCGGCCUGGCCAGUAGCAGCCGCCGUACGGCGGAAGUAUAAACGCGGCUUCCCGGGAAGAUGGCAGCUCUAGUGGAACCCAAGUUGACGGAUAGGCGCUUCGACUAGAAGGUGAGCCUCGCAGCAGGUAGGUCUGCUCCAGCCGGAAGCGCGAAGGAGAACGGGCCUGAGCUCAGAGCGCGAAACUCCGAUCCCGUCCCCUGCGCGCUGCCCUCGGAUGUCCCACCGCCCAGAGCCUGCAUGCGCCGUAGGGCGCUCCAGGACCAGGAGCUCGAGGGUCCAGCGGCUCCUGGGCGGGGGUCCCGGAGCCCCCCUGCUCCCUCGGCACCUGUUGUCCCGGUGCUCGUCUUUCCCCCGGAUCUAGUGUUCAGGGCGGACCAGCGGAGCGGACACCGGCAGCUGCUCACCCUCUAUAACCCCACGGGAGCUGCGCUUCGCUUCCGAGUCCUGUGCACGGCACCUGCUAAGUACACGGUGUUUGACGCCGAGGGCUACGUGAAGGCGCAGUCCUGCAUCGACAUCGUCAUCCGUCACGUGGCCCCCAUCCCCAGCCACUAUGAUGUCCAGGACCGCUUCCGAAUUGAACUGUCUGAGGAGGGCGCUGAGGGCCGCCUGGUGGGGCGCAAGGACAUCACCUCGGUCCUGCGGGCCCCCGCCCACCCCCUUGAGCUUCAGGGACAGGCUGACCCAGCGCCCCAGCCAGGACCUUCUUCCUGGACAGCGUCCCCCGCCAGCACGGUCAGGCGCCUCCCGGAGACUCCCCCUCGUCCCCCUCCGCAACUGGCCACCAGCUCCUUCCUCCUGCUGCUGCUGACCGGCACCAUCUCCGUGACCUUCCUGCUGCUGCCGCUCCAGGACGAAGUGGGCAGCCCGCUGCCCCGCAUCCUGCACGUGACGCUGGGGCAGAAGCUGGCGGCCGCCUAUGUCUUGGGCCUUCUGACCAUGGUGUUCCUGCGCAGCUGAGUGUCCCCUCGCCUCCGCCCCUUCCCACGGCCGCCCGGGACGCGAGAGCACUGUGGGCUGAGGGAGCACUGUGAUGUCCGGCCCCCCCUCGGCACCGACCUCCUUCCCCUUUCCGCCCUUCCCCCCACGCCCAGGGAUUUGUAUUUAUUUUCCAAGUUGAAUAAACUCCAAAUUUUUUUAAUGAGCCUGA